AUGACCAGAUUCACUCCGGAAUCAGUUUCUUUAGCUUUGCUGAUCUUGUCACCAAUCUGUUUUCUUGCUACAGCCACUAUGCAACAGCUGUUGAUUGUAGAUGAUUUUUUAUUACCUUUUUUACAAAAUUAUUUCAAAAUUAAGGAUAUACCGUUCGUCAUGAUCGGUGUAGUGUUUGUUUGGACUUACGUGGUAACCGCUUCUCUAAGCGUUAUUGCACAAUCUGUCGGGCUAAAGAAUGGUUACGACAAUAGCGAACCAAGACUUUAUAAAGCGUCUCUUAGAGGUGCAUUAGCUAGAAUGGUGGCCGCACAUCAGGUCGCUUUGGAAAAUGCACCGGCAUUUUUUGCUGCAGUUAUUGUUGCAUCGGCAAAUAAGGUGCCUUUAAGAUACAGAACUAGUUUUUCGAUCAUGUAUACGGCCUUGCGAAUUAUUCAUACACCUCUCUAUGUGUUAGAUUUUGACAUUGCACGUGCUAUCACACAUAUAAUGGCUUUGUCAUGUACUGCAUGGUUAUUUGCAUUCGCUCUUUUGCCUGGCUUUGAAAAAAAUUAUUCAUCUAUAAUUGAAGUUGUGACCAUCUUGCGAAGCGUAUCCGAUGAUUCUACAUGGACAUUUGAUUAG